AUGAAGUAUACAUCGAAGACAACGGGGAAAGAGUUGAACGUAUUUUGUAUCUCAAACAAGACAUACAAAAAGUUCUCAGACCAAGGCAAUGCUGGUAUGGUUUGUACCAGCGGAAUUCCCGAACUGAGACGAUUCUGUCUUUCGAUGGCAGCUGAGCCCAGGCUUCUUGAAGCCAAGGACUUUUUGCAAUCAAAACUACCGAGUCUACUCAAUUCGAUAACUUUCUGGACAAAGUCUGCUCCUACCCCUAAGAGUGACCACACUCCGUCUGUUUCUCAAUUUUUCCAGGACGUGAAGGCUAAGUUUCUGACGAGAACAGAUAACAAGAAACUCAGAGCUGAUUGGAUAAACGCUGCAAUCAUUAAGGCUCAAGAUUGGGUUAAGGAGAAGAGCGAAAGAUCCCAGAUCUAA